AGCGUAUCUGUGGCCUGUAAAUUGCCUCUAGCUUGAUUCUGAUGGUUCUGCUGUGCGUUCCUGUUGAAACACAGCAGGGUUUGCUGCAUUUUAGGUAGUAGGGCGUCUCCGCUGGUCGAAAAAUCGUCACUCAAGCUCAUGGCCUUGCGAUUCGCAUACAGCAUAAGGAUCGUGACUCGUGAGUUUAGUGAGAGAGACAGAGUGAUAUGGAGGAGGUGGAGCUGAUAGACUUUUGAGUCAACUCAAAAGUACUCAGGACUCAAAAGGACUCAAAAGGAAUCGAAAGUCUCCUCCUGAGGUCAGCGACAGAGGCGCAGCGCCAUGGAGCAGGUGGAGCUUAUUUCCUACAUAGGUCUCGUGAAAGGCGGUGCGAUUGUAGCGGAGUAUGGCAGGGAAGCCGACGUCUUUCGAGAGCCUAUCUGUGACGCGAUUUCCGCGAUUCCCGCUCACGUCUCUCAGUUCUCUCUGGGCCACGGGAGCAUCUUGGUUGUGCUCCAGCGAUGGUCGUCCGGCCUCGUCUGCUUCCUCAUUGGUUACCACCCGUUCGCGAAAGACCAGGCUUGUUCGCUGCUCGCCAUCCUGCACAACGUUCUCGGCAAGGAAAUCCUAUCAUCAAGCAGCGGCGAUGCUAGUAGCGACAUCCCCGCUAUUACCAGCCUCGUUAGCACCGAAGAAGUCUUUUCCGGUUUAGCGGAAAGCUCGGAAGAUGGAGACGCUGAAACCGGGAUCGUGUCAGCCGCUUCGUGGUCGCGUGCCACGUCAUCGUCGCGUGCCACGUCAGACACGACCGUUGGCGACAGCGACGCGCUUAAAGACGUCCAUAAUAAAACCAUCCUAAAAGACAUACCGAGCGACAUUGUCGAAGCCAUCAGCCAAUCAAUGGCGUCCAUGUCAGCGCGGUAUCGCGGCGUGGCGGGCCAUGGGUUACCCUCCUUGGACCCCUAUCCCGACGCGCCCGACGCGUACUUAACUAGCGUUCAGGAGCCGCCGCCUUUGCCGGCGAGUGAGGGGGAUAGCAGUAGUGAGGAGGAGGAUGAAGCGGCGGGAGUGGCGAGAAGGAGGAGGGAGAGGGAGAGACGGAAGGAGGAGAGGGAGAGGAGAGAAAAGAAGUGGGAGGAGAGUAAGGGGAAGGGGCAGGAGGGGGGGGCGGAGGAGGGGAGGGGGGAUGAGGAAAGCGGGGAAGGGGGUAGCGGAAAAGCGGAGGGGGUCGCCGUUGAGGGAGCGGGAGUUGGGGCGGAAGGAAGAGACGGGGGGAAAGGAGGGGAAGGAGGAGAAAGAGAAGGAGGAGGGGUAAUGCUGGUAGGAGAUGCAGCAGGGGCACGGACGGCAGCAGCAGCAGCAGACAGCGCAUUAGAAAAUUCUCCAGGAAAACUGUGCGAGCGAGGUGAGGAAAGGGAGUGUGGGGAGGAAGGAGAGGGAGGAGGGGGAGGAGGGGGAGGAGAGGAACAAUCUCAGGCUCGGUCUCCCAGGUCUCAGCCAGGUGGCAGGGAACUCCCGGUCCUGACCCCGAACCUCCCGCCGUGGCUCGGUAGCCCGCUGCUGGCCGGGGCAGCGGGAGGUUCGGCGGCGGCGGCGGAGUGCGCGUCCCCCGACAUUGAUCGGUGGCGAGAGACGCGGAGAAAGGAGAAGCAGCGGGAGACGCAACGGUCGGCGGGGAGGCUGAUGGGGAGGGCAGACGCGGGGGUGAGUGAGGGAGGGAGUGUGAGGAUGGGUGAGGAGGAAGGGAAGGAGAAGGGCUGGGAUCAAGAGCGUGAGCAGGGUAAGGUGCAGGGGCAGUGGGAGGGGAGCGAGACAACGCAGCUGCAGCAGCACGGAGAGCAGCAGCAGCAGCAGCAGCAGCAGCAGCAGCAGCAGCAGCAGCAGGAGCAGGAGCAGGGGCAGGGGCAGGGGCAGGGGCAGGGGGGGGAAGGCGCGGAGCUUGGUCCUUCGGGUUCGUUCUCAUACUCGGAAGGGGAGAAGCAGCAGCGCGAGCAGCAGCAAGAGCAGCAGAGGCAUGGGCGGCAGAGCAGUGACGGCGAUCUGCAGGUGGAGAUACUGGGAAGCAGCGACGCACUGGGAGGAGAACAGCUAGAGCUUCAGCCACAGCAGCAGCAGCAGCAGCAGCAGCAGCAUUCUAGCAUCUGGAGCCGCUUUUCCGGCCGCGCCCCUUCCCCCUCCCGCAUGCUCCGCCGCGCCCUCACCCCCCCACGCUCCUCCCGCACUCCCCCCCGCUCCUCUCCCACUCCCCCCCGCUCCUCCCCCCCGCCCCCCCACUCCACCACCCCCCCCCGCUCCCACACUCCCCCUGCCUCUCCGCCCCGCUCCCAGACCCUUACCUUCCCCCUAACGGCCCCAAGGUCCCCCGUUCAUCCGGUUUCCGCGGGGAAGGGGGCGCAGGGGGAAGGGGGGAAAGCAGGGUGGCGCAGGAGGCGGGGGAGUGAAGGGGGGGGCGGAAGUGGGGGGUGGGGGGAGGGUCUGGGCGGGGAGGGGGGAGGUGUGAGCGGGCGGAGCAGCAACAGCAGCGCUGGUGGUGGCGCUAAUGCUGCGGCUCCUGCUGGCGCUGCUGCUGGUGCCGGUUCUUCUGAUGCUGCUGCUGCUGCCGCCGCUGCUGACGCUGAUACUGCUGCUGCGUUGGGCAAUCCAAGCCAUGCCAUGAGCCGCAGCAGCAGCACGGAUGGAGUCACAACUCGUUCCUCUACCACCAGCAACCGCAACAGCAGCACCACCACCAUCACUGGCAGCAGCAGCAGCAGCAGCAGCGGCAACGGGAGCACGAAGUUGGCUCGGUUCAUGCGCUGGUUUCCUAAGAAGUCCAACUCCACCUCCAUGAUGCCGCUAGACGCGUCCAUGACGCUAGACGCGUCCAUGCCGCAAGGCUCUACUUCAACCAUGCCGUCCGACCCCUCGCACGCGUCCCCUCGUUCUCUUGACCCCCAUGGUGCUCCUAGCCCUCGUGCUUUCGGCAGCCUGCCUACUGAUGGCUCACCCGCAGCUGAGGCAGCUGCCGCGGCUGCGCCUGCAGCGGCAGCGGCAGGGAUAGCAGCGGCUGCAGUGGCUGUGGUAGCGGCUGUAGCGGCUGCCCCUUCCAGCCACACCGCAGCUACAGUCUCUGAUCAUACAGCCAAUCAGGUCCAUCCACGUGACGCUUUGAUGUCGCCACGUCAGCAACGAGGCAAGGACGACUACCCAGCCCCGCCUCCGUCCGAACCUGAGUCCGAGCCGGUUUCCGAGCCUCCGUCCGAGCCACCCUCGGAGCACCCUUCCGAGCCUGUUUCCGAGCCUGCUAUGGGGUCUGGUAGGGAGGAGAAGGAGUACCAGCCACGGAUUCCUAAGUGUGACAGUACUGAUGGCAGAAGAGGAGUGCUGGUGACUAUAAAGGGCCCUUCGUUUCCAGUGUUCUGCACCAGUGGGGAUAGCGUGGAGUCUCCUGAUGACACCUCAGCUGUUAUCAUUGAUGAUUUGGCAACAGCUCGGGGGAAUUCUGGUCCGUCGGAUGGCUUGGGAGCAGCAGGGAGGGCUCGGAGGCGGUUCGGCGGCUUCCGAAGCGCGUCUACCACUGGUGGUUCGGCAUCGGGAGGGGGAGGGGAGCAGCGGGAGUAUAAAACGUUGAAGGAGCAUCUAUUUGAAAUCAAUAAAGGGCAGCAUAAAGAGACACGCAAUAAGGAGGACAAGGAGCAAAAGGAGAAAAGGGAGAAGGAUAAAAAGGAGGAGAAAAGCCAGAAACAAAAUCGAGAAAAAAAGGUCUUAGGUCUAGGUCUAGGUUUGGGACUUGGCCUCCCCUCACUUUCCCCCUCUCCCUCCCUCUCCCCUUCCACCCCCUCGGACCCCUCUUCUCUAUCACAACCCACCUCUGACUCGCGCCUCCCACUCACCCCGCCCACAUGCUCCCCCGCGCACUCACCCAUCUCACACUCCUCCCCUCUCUCCUCUUCAGCCAUCCCCCCCGGCCGACACAGCCACCUUGGCAUCAGCACCAGCAGCACCAGCACCACCAGCUAUAGCCCUCACAGUGGUACCAGAGUAUCCCGUUCCGGGUCAGGCUCGGAGCCAGGUCUGGGGUCAGGUUCGGGGUCAGGUUCGGGGGCGGGUUCGUUCCGGUUCCUCAAUCAUUCGAUAGGCGCGGCACAGAGGGCGCACCGGUUGGCUGCUCACUCUAUCCGCAUCAUUGGGCCAAAGAGGCUGGCCACUGCUGUGGCCAAGCAGCGGGAGCAGCAGCAGCCACAGCAGCAGCAGCAGGAGGAGGGGGAAAAAGGAGGGGAGCAGCAGCAGCAGCAGCAAAAGCAAACGCACAAGCGCGUAUAUAGUCUGAAUGCAGGUGGAAACACCAAGGAUUUGGGGCAGGAUGGAGAGAGUGCAGAUGUCGGGGAGGAGGUGAGUAGAGGAGGACAAGGAGAGGAGGGAGGAGGGGAAAGCAGAGAGGUGGGAGGGGGAGGUGAGGGAGAAGUGACAGAUGCAGGGGUGGCGGCAGUGACCAGAGCAACUACUGCUGCUGCAGCAGCAGAAGGAGCAGCAGCAGCAGCAGCAGCAGCAGAAGUAUCAACAGAACCAGCAGCACCAGCAGCACCAGCAGCACCAGCAGCACCAGCACCAGCAGCACCAGCACCAGCACCAGCAGCACCAGCACCAGCAGCACCAGCAGCAGGAGUAUCAGCAGGAGCUCCAGCACGCACAAGAAAAGGGCCACCAAAGUCUGCUCCUCUAAUCCUACCACUUGACCCUACUGAAGGGCCAGACUCAACUCCUCGCCUCCCUUCCCUCCCAACCACCCCAGCCCAACAAACACACUCAACCUCCCCUUCACCUUCCACCCCCGCUCCCGCCCAUUCUCACACAGCACCGCAAGAACACCCGCCCCCCUCUCCCUCCCCCUCACAGAAGCCCCCCUCCCCCUCUCUUUCCCCCUCACCCUCCCCCUCGCCACGCUCCCGCAAGGGGUCAGGGCCGGUGCAAACAACAGUAGAGGCGUGGGCUUGGCUGUUUGGCCGGGCUGUGUCUGCAGGGGGGCUGGUGGGGGGAGGCAGGCUGGGGAAGAAACAGGGGGGGCGGAAGGGGGGUGUUGCAGAGGAGGGAGAAGAAGGGGUGGGGGGGGGAUUGGUGAAGGGUGGGGAGGAGAGAGGGGAGAAAGAGGUGCAGAGGGGUGGAGAUGGAGGGGAGACAGGAGUUCAAGCAGGGUUGGAGCGUGGGAGAGAGUGUGAGGCAGAAGGUGUGGGUGGUGCUGUGAAGGAUGGGAUGAGGGGUGAAGAUGAUCUGGUGUUGGGGGGGGGGCAGGGGAAUGAAGCUGGGGAGAAAGGUGGUGGAGUGGGGGAACCAGGCAUGGGUGCUACACCAUCCGCUGCUGACGCAGUCACAGGUCAGCUUGCCUAGACAUUCCGUUGUCCCACCCCAAGGGCUGGCUUCGCUUUGCGAUUCGGCUUUGCGUCCCCCCAGUUGCGGUGUUCCUUCUCGCCAACACUUUUUCCGCUCGAUAUUUCCGCACCCCCUUUUUUCUCGCAUACAAAAUUCCCCUAUUGAUCUACCCCGCCCUGGAGCUGAGAUCUAGAUGCGGGAUGGGUUGUCUUGCUGAGUGUGAGCUUGUAGCUUUCUAGAAUCACUGUUGACAUUAGGGGAACAAAUCGUUUGGGUAAUCUGCAUCCUGACCUCUUAUGCAGUAGGUGUGCCUUUUCAAGUGUGUGCUAAUAUAAUUCUGGGUUGUUUGUAGGCUGAGAAUCGCAACUUGUGAUUAAGGCCCGCGGUUAAAUCAGGUUUGAGUUUGAUGAUGGAG